CAAGAGGAGUAAAGUAAUAAUACCUUCUUCGGAGGGUCCAAGGAAACAUUCAAUCUUACGAAACGAAACUUGCUGGGGUGCUUCUUCCCAACUAUUUAUACAGACCACUCCCUCUUUACGCACGCUUCUCGCCUCUCCUUCCUUCCUUCCCUCUCGAUCAAAUCACAGGCUUUCAAUCUUUGUGCUCCAAGAACAGCAAAUCCCGAUCAAAUUCUUCUCUCUAGCGGAUUUGUCCUCCAGCGUCCAGCCUCAAUCCUGCAACCAUGAUGCCCGAAUAUGAUUAUCUGUUUAAGCUACUGCUCAUUGGAGAUUCUGGUGUCGGCAAGUCGUGUCUUCUCCUGAGAUUUGCUGAUGAUUCUUACAUUGAGAGUUACAUUAGUACCAUCGGUGUCGAUUUUAAAAUCCGAACAGUAGAGCAAGAUGGGAAGGUUAUCAAGCUUCAAAUUUGGGAUACUGCUGGUCAAGAACGGUUCCGUACAAUUACUAGCAGCUACUAUCGUGGUGCCCAUGGUAUUAUUAUUGUGUAUGACGUCACGGAUGAAGAAAGCUUCAACAAUGUGAAGACAUGGCUGACUGAAAUUGACAAGUUUGCCACCGACAGUGUGAAUAAGCUUCUUGUUGGAAACAAGUGUGAUUUAACCUCAAAGCGAGCAGUCCCCUAUGAUACUGCCAAGGCAUUUGCUGACGAGAUUGGGAUCCCAUUCCUGGAAACGAGUGCGAAGAGUGCUACAAAUGUAGAAGAGGCAUUCAUGACCAUGGCAUCUGAGAUUAAGAAAAGAAUGGCGACACAACCUGCAAUGAAUGCAACCAGGCCAACAACAGUGCCGAUUCGAGGGAAGCCAGUGAACAACCAAAGUUCCAACUGCUGCUCAUCUUAAGUUCCUUGCGAGUAUAAGCUUUCUUUGAAACUCAUUCCAGGAGGAGAAGAUUUAGAUGCAUGGGGUUUUGUCAGAUGCAGAUCAACCCCCUGUGUACAGAAAAGUCCAAGAGAGAAUAGAACCACAUUUUGCUGUUGCACCCUCACAUAUGAAUUUCUUAUAGGAUUUCGUUUGGAUUUGGAUUUUCUUUUUACUUAUUUUUCUUGAUAUAAUGAUUCAUAAUUCAAUUGGUUGCAUCCCAUUAAUCUUUAUGCCCUCCUCUGAGUUUGUUUUAGUGUAGAAUUUCCCUCCUAAUGUCCCACAUUUCGAGGUGGCAUCUGCAUCAUUUUUCCUUGUUAAUUUUUCCUCUAUUAACAAGGACUAAUAAUGGAGAUUUUUCCAGAAAUAGCACCUUUUAAAAAAAAUUACAAAAAUAGCACCCAGCCGAAAAUAUUUACAA